AUGCUCAUGACCGUGCACCAGAAGGAGCUUGUGCUUGGUCUCAUGAAAGGUCCUGUAGACCAUUGGCCCAUUGGGCUGUGGAUAUAUAAAGAAGCUGGCAGCUCUAGAAGUCCAUGGCGCGGCUGGAAUUUGCUGGAUUUGGUGACCGAUGUUCAGGAAUGUUGUCAGUUGAGGGAGAAGGCCGAGGCCAUCAAGAUUUCUCGCAUGAUCGUGAACUUUGCGGCGGUCACCAAUGCGGAUGUUUUGGUCAUGGGAAGUUGUGGCUACAAGGCGGGACGCUCCAACUGUUUCCAGCGAACCACCUUGGGCUCCAGCGCCCAUUUGGCAGCUCUCGAGGCCCCGUGCUCGGUGGUCUUGAUCCGCCCGGGCUGCCGCGUGGACACGAAGCUGGCGACCGUUUUCAUGGUGGCCGUGGACGGCAGCUUGCACUCGCAAUAUGCCUUGCAGCUGUGCGCCACGUGGGCACGGCCCGACAAGGAUGAGAUCGUUUGCCGGGUCUUCGGGCCGAGCGAAUUCACUGAGCCAUUGGAGAGGAUGUGUACAGACCAACUCCAAGCGGUGAUGCGGGAUAAGAAGGUGGAGUACGCGGUGAUCCCCACCGAGCUGGACGAGUCCGCGGACGUCCACGGCGACGACUUGAGCGAGGCCGCGCAGCAGGGGUGGAGGAGCGGGUGGAAGCGGGUGGAUGCGGCUGUGGAGCUUGUGGUUGAUGCGUGGAGGACGGUGAAAGGAGGUGUGGAAAGGUUGGGUGAAAGCAGAAGAGUCAGCAAGCCUUCCUCGUCUUCGGGGCGCGGGGCCGUCAUUCCGAAGGAUCCCCAGGCGGAGGAGACGCCCGUUCUGACGGAUGACGAGGUUGUGCAUGGGGAGGUGGCAGGAGGAUUUUCGACUGGGCCUGCAGGGUCUAUGGCCUAUUUGGCCUGUGGUUUUACAAGCAAACACCCAAAUUCUUAA